AGCAGCCACAUGGUCCUAUCUCUCCUCUCAUCAGCCAAAAGAAACAUCUCUCUUUCUGUUCUGUGCAUUUUUCUGGUUAUCAGCUAGCAUUUGGAAUAAUGUCGAUGACUGAGACAUACUUGGCAGAGAUCAAGUCCAAAGUUGGUAUGACUCCGUACCUCGAGGAGAACAGCAAGACGAAGGAGCUUCACAUAACAGGCGUUCUCAGUAAUAGGGAGUUUCCAGUUAUAACCUACAACCACAAUGUCUUCGGAGAUGUGCUCAUGAAGGAGAAUCGAGAACUCAAGAAGAAGAUUGAGGAUCUGGAGAAGCUGAUGAAACAGCUUCUCAUGUUUCCCCCAUCCAUGUACCCUAAUCUCAUGAACAACCCCAUGGUUUCUCUCCUCUCUAACCCUCUCCUACGAUCGGUCGACUUGGAAGACCACAAGAGUUUUACAGGACAAGCUUAACGCACAACCUAAUUAUUAAUUAAGCAGUUAAGGAAAUGAUUAUGGGUUGAGAGAGAUGUGAAUAUAUAAUAAUGAUAUAUCCAUAUAUACCCAUAUAUAUAGAUAUAUUAAAUAUAUGCACUACUUGUCCAAGGUGUUUUCUGGGUUUCAUAGAUCUCAGACAACGGACGGAACGCUGGUCGCAUCAUAUGCUUUGCUUGUGGUUUUGUAAUCCAUACAUUAGUUAAUAAAUGGGUCUUAAUUACUAUAAUCCCCUUGGCGGGCUUCACCUAGUGGUUAAUAAUAUUAUAAAUUUUCUUUGGGGUGAAA